AUGGGGCAGCAGACCUGGUUCUUAUUACCAUUAGCAUCUCAAAGUCAGCCAUCACAAAACACUUCGGUUUUCGCACUGCACCCUCAAAAAGUAUCCGUCUCAACACAAUUGCGAAAACAAAAUCGUCCAGCAAAUCUUCAAAGAAAUAUAUUAUCAUCGGUUCAUGAGCCUCAACAGCAGAAGCAAUUACCAGAAUCAGUUUCAUAUGUGAAUAUGCGAAUGCUACGACAUGAAAAUAAUGUACGACACCGCGAUUUGCUUACUCCAUUCAGAGUGGACAAGAAGGCAGUAAAUGAAACGGAUGCUUCCAAGCACUUACCUUUUCCGAACAGCAACCGUUACCAAUCAUUCCAUCAAAGUUUUUCAGUGAGUCGAAACAAAGCUUCAGCGAUAUCAGGGAUUAUUCCCCAAAUAAAUAAUCAUCACCAUGCAUCCUCGGAAUCCCAACCAGGUUCAACCAUGUCAAAUAAGCAACAGCAUAAUACUUCAAUGUCUAAGCAUCCACCAUCUUCUCGACAAUUUGUGUUACCUCAUAUAUUAGAACAAUUAUCUGAGAUUCAGCCUACAGCAGAACUGCAAGCAGUUAAAGUAUCACAGAUGCCGGUUACACCUAGGCCGAGGAUUCCAGCAGAGAAAUUUGUGCCGCAAAGAUUAUCCCACAUCAGUACUCUCGAUAAGACAAUUCUUGAACCGGUUUUAGCAUCUCAAACGAUGCUACAACCAGCUCACGCAUCACUAAAACGACAAGAUCAAUUCCGAACGCCUACGGAGGAUAUUGAAGAGAGUGCCAAUGAUGCCUUCUUGGAAUGUUGCAAAAAAAGAAAUGUGGAUUCUAAAUGUGAAUCGCGAUGUAAUUUUGAUAUUCUGGACCGCAGAGUGCUGACGGCAAUGUUUGUUGGCUCCGAUCCAUGCCCCCGAAGUAACGACCGGAGAUUAUUGUCAUGUGCUGCUCAGGACUCCGACCACACGAACUGCUGCCGUGCAAAUGGCGUACAACAGACAACUGCUGGUGACAAAUGUUUGGGAUUCUGUCAAAUGACUCCCGAAUCCAAAUUUCAGGCAGAUAUAAGUAUGCUGCCAUGUUGGAAUGUACUCAAAGAAAUCAAGCAAUGCUUUCGCCUUAGUCUUAUCAAAAAGCGCAAUAUCAAGAAGGUUGCAUAA